AUGGCGGCGGCUCCUCACGCCCCGUCGGUGGAGGCGCUGGCUGAAGGAGACCCCGAACAGAAGCUCCUUAAGCAGGUAGGCCGCGAUCCCGCCUGACCACUCCCCCUCCUUAUUCCCUCUCACCCUCCUUAUUCCGCAUGAGUUGUUCAGAUCCGGGGCCACGAGGUCGCCGUCGUGGAGCUCAAUAGCCUCCACCCCAACCGGGUAAGCGGAAUCUCCUCUCGACCUUUCUUUUCUUCCUGUUAAUUCGGGGAUCCGCGUUGACUUAGGGAGUCAGAGAUUCUGAGUUGAGACAAGAGGGGUGAGUUGCUUCUACUUGUUCAUUCUCGCAGGCUGUGUAUCAGAGAAACGGCAUUAUCUACUUCAGGAAGGAAGUUAAGGUGGCAACAGCUUUUGAGCAGAGUAAGCAAGGCGUCGCCUCAAAAAACGAGCUUCUUUCGUUUUUUCCUUUUCGUCGCUUUUCCGGUGCUCACCCAUUUCAAAUCUGUCUUUCAGAACAACUAGAACUUUCAAAAUCUCUGCUUCAGAAGCUGAGAGGAGCCUGACAGAGAGCGCGAAUUUCUUCUGCGACUCUGGGAUAAUACCCUGUGGAGUAACUGUACCCUUACAAGGGGUUUUGAGCAUGGUAUGGCAACUAUUCGCGGCGAUUAGAAGACACUCUGAAAUGUGA